CGAAUAAACCCUUCUGGUCUUCCCCUCCGAGAGAGCUUCAACAAGAGUUCCUCGACGCAGGAAUCCUUCGAGAGUCAAGGAAUCCAUAGAGAGAGAAGAGAAGCAUGCAGCAACCAGUGCAUCCCAUGACCCCAAUGGCUCCGAUCCUCACCGCCAACAUCACCACCGAAGAGAUUCAGAAGUAUCUGGAUGAGAACAAGCAGCUGAUUUUGGCUAUUUUGGAAAACCAGAAUUUGGGGAAGUUAGCUGAAUGUGCUCAGUAUCAAGCCCAGCUUCAAAGGAAUCUCCUGUAUCUAGCUGCAAUUGCAGACGCACAACCACAGGCACAUGCUGUUCGUCCUCAGAUGAUGCCACAGGGAGGUCAUUUCAUGCAACAGGCGCCAGUUUUCCCACCCAGAGUUCCACUGCAGUUCCCACAGCAAAGGCCGGAGCAGCAUCUGCACCACCAAGUCCAAGCAAUGCCUUUCCCGGUCCAAAUGGACAUGAGGACGGGAGCCAUGAACGACAUGCACCCCCUGCCGCCCUCUCAUGCUGCUACCCUUCGGCAGCCUCACGAUGGACAGGGAAGCAAGCAAGACGCAUCCGCGGCCGACCUAGGAGCCAGGGAACCAGAACAGAGCCAUGCGAAGAGGCCCGAAGACUUGAAGACGCCAUGAUCUCGCUGUCUCUCUGUCGUACUAAGUCUGUGUCGCAAAUGUAUUUGAAACGCUAGUGUUGUAUCGCCCUCUGUUUGAUUGACUCUGCCACUGAAUCCUCGAUAGCUGCUAAGGAAUGACACUUUUCAUCU